AUGGCGCUUGAUAAAAUACAGCUAAUUAAAGUAUACAGUCAACGGCUUGUCAAAUCUUUAAUACCGUCAGAAUAUGGAGAAGAGUUCAUCAAUAGCAUUACAGAACAAUUCCAGGCAAUCAUAUUAAAUACCCAACCAGAAUCAUAUGACUUACAAUCAGUUAUAAAUGAAUAUAAGGCUCAUUUCUUAAAUAAUGGUUUAACUUCAGAAUGGUCAAUUUUUCAGAAUAUAUUGAGUUCAUUAUCUAAGAGUAAAUCUAUGGAUCAAAUUUGUAAUUAUCUUGUAUUCUUUAAUGAAUUAAGAAAUAAAGAUGAUCCCUUAUUACAAAGACAUUUGGGUGCAAGAGGUUCCUUCUCAUCACCUCAUCAUCAGCAACUGCGUUUUCAUCCAUAUCAGCAACAACUGCAACUGCACCUGUCACAUAAUAUACUUCCCGAGCAAAGCUUUUCCCAUAAUGAUACAAUUACCGAUAUUCCUAUGCCCUUGAAUGAACUUAUAAAACCAUAUUAUAACACAUUAGAUGAAGAUUUGAUAUUGAAAUAUUUAUCAUAUACCCUCUUAGGUCUUGAUUCUAAAUUAUUCAAAUUUGGUAACAACCAUCAAAUUGAAAUCCCAUCAGAAAUUAAUGAUUGUUAUAUUUCCCUCCUAACGCAAAUUUUCCAAUUGGCAAUGUCAUACAGAGAUAGUCGUGAGUUGGUGGAUAAGUAUAGAGGAAGUCUAGGUUCAGCUAUUAAAAAUGCAUUUGUGACCCUUGUGGAAAUUAAGUUGAGUGAAUAUGCCAAUGAUGUGAACGAAUUAUUUACAACAAAACCUCCAACGAUUUUGUUUGUUGAUCAGAGAUUAACAGCUUGGCAAUUCAAGUUAAGAAUAUUGUAUAAGUUAUUAAUCAGACUUGAUGAAGUGAAUGGAUAUGAUUUUUUAUGCAGAAUUUACAAAUUUACGAAAUCGGAUGAUUUGUUAAUUCAAGAAUUGACACAAUUCUUCUUUGAUGAAAUCGUAAAGAAUUAUUAUAAUAUUAUUGAACAUUGGAUACUUAAGGGUGAACUUGUGGAUGAGCAUCAAGAGUUUUUCAUUUCAUUUAAUACUGACGAAAAUGAAUUUAAUAAAAUUAUUCAAUUUGAUAAAUCCAAAAUCCCGAGUUUCUUACCAUUAAGUGAAAAGAUAUUUCAAAUUGGUAAAACAAUUAUUUUCCUAAAUAAAUAUUGUCAAGAAUUACGAUGGUUACUUCAAUUUCAUACGAAGUAUUCCAAUAUAAUCUAUGUCGAAAACCAAGGAUUAUCAUCCAUGUCACAAGAACAAUUCAAAGAUAUGAUAAAUUCCCAAUAUACCGCAAUCCUAAAUUAUUUCACCGAAAUCAUCCAUGGUACAAAUAAGUUCUUAUAUCACCUCACAAAUUUCAAAAGAUUCUAUUUGAUGUAUGACAAUCAUUUCAUAGAAUCUUUAAUCAUAGAAUCUAACCCAUUGUUCCACCAACUUAACACCCAUAUAAAAUCCAAUCACUUACUUGAGAUUCUUCAUUCUGCAACUAAAUUGUCAAAUAUUCAAGAUUUAGAAAUUUGUAACCGAUUAAACGCCCGUUUCUUAAACAUGGAAGAAUCAAUUGCUUGGGAAGUGUUUACCAUUGAAUAUAGAAUUGAUGAAUUGAGUUUGAAUUUUUUAAUUGAAUCUCAAAUGGUUAACUAUUUGAAAAUAUUCCAUUUCUUAUGGAAGUUGAAACAUAUGAGUUAUUUGUUGAAUGAAACUUAUAGAUCAUUUACUCAAUUACAUAAAUCAAUAGGUAAUAAAGACAAGACAAAGAUCAAGAAAUGGAUUCGAACGAUUAUGGGAACACAAUUUAAUAUGAAUAAGAUGUUGAAUAAGAUUAUCGAAUAUAUAUCCUUCUCAAUUAUUGAAAAGAGUUUUAAACAGUUCAUUAUUGAUAAAUUAUUCAAAAAUCAAAAAAAUGAAGAUUUAUUAUUAAAUCGAGGAUUCCCAGAUAUACCGCAUCCAUUCCCAGAACCGAAAUUUAACGUUAAUGUCCUAACAAUCGAUGAAAUUAUAAACCUUCAUCAAUCAUAUCUUACAUCAAUCACAAAAUCGAAAAUCUUGGAUGAUCAAAGCAGGGGUAAGAAAUCAGGUGAAACUUAUAUCAGCCAUAUCUAUAAUCUCUUGGAGAUUAUAUUCAACUACACCAAAACAGCCCAUGAAAUCCAUGAUUUGAUAUCUCAAUUCAAUCUUUUACUUGAAGCGCAGGAUGAUUCGACUGCCCUAGAGGAUGAUUUGGUUGCGCUUGAGUAUAAGAUUAGGACAAUGGUUGAGGAUUUAUAUCAUGGGGUGUAUAUAAAGGAAUAUGUUGGAGUUUUGAACGUUUUUAAAGAGGAUUUGAAGUGGGAUUUUGAUUUAAAGGAAUUGAGUAAGUCAUUAAUGUGA